ACUAACCAUACAGUAUAGUGAUGUAAAUUUGAAUGAAAACAUCAUGUCGAUGUCCAUCGAUGUUGUCAAAAUCAAACAUCGAUGUUGGAUUGAUACAUCGGAUUUAUUCUUCGAUGCAUCGAUUAUAAAACCGAAUAUUCAACAAAGGAAAAAUUAAACUUGAGCUUUCAUAGCAGUCUUUUACAUAUCAUAGGACUAAACGAAACAAUAUUUAACAUAAAAGAAAUGAUUAUGCUUUCGUAGCAGUCUUUUACAUAUCACUGUAGAUAUCAUCAGAGAUAACUAAUAUUUCAAAUAAGUACUAUUUGUCAAUGCUUUGCAAAAACCAAAAUGCGGAUUAGUCGCACAGGUGAAAAAAUUGCAAGCAAUUAAUCAAGUUAACCACGAUGGGGGACACCAAUGAUGACGUAAAUGAUUUGAUUGAAAUCAAUAUGCACACUUCUGAAGAAUUCCAGGGCGACGCAUCGCCAUUGGAGCAGCCGCAAGAGAACGAUCGAGAACGUGAGAAUAGCCGCUGUCAGGAGGCGAAAGAUCACGAUCUUGAGAAUCAGCAGGCCCAACCUGAUGAAAACCUUAAACAAGACACGCAGCAGGAGAAGAGUGUCGUGGAGGACCCCACGGUGAUAAUUCAGAAGCUUCAACAACAAAUGGAGGAGCUUCAGAAGAACAGUCAGCAGCUACUCAAUCAACUUGCAGAGAUCAAAUCGCAAAAUGUAUCGAUUCAGAAGACAAAUAACGAGCUUCAGCCUCAAAACCCUCAAGUGGACGAGGCAUCUACAAAAGUUAACCAAAUUCUAAAAAAAUUAGAAUGGCAGAUUUCCAAAAAUGCGACCUUAGAAGACCAUCUGGAAGAGCAGGACAAAUCCACGAAGUUUAUCAUUCAGGAACUAGAACAGCAAAUUGCAGAGCUUGAUCUUGGUCUUUUCCGCAAUGAGCUUGAGGAGAAGGAGCGUGCAUACCUAGAGGAAGUAGGCCGACUGAGACAGAGAGUUGAUAACCUUUACACCAAUAUUACGUGUUCCCUUUGCCAAGCUCCCUGGACAUCUGAGGGGGAACAUCGUCUGAUUUCGUUGUACUGUGGACAUCUAUUUGGGAAAAGAUGCAUUGAGCGACUCUCUGAAUGCCCAAUUUGCGGAUUGGGAUUUGGUUCAACAGAUAUGCGCUACAUCUAUGGUCGCAACAUCUUGCCAGCAGAUUAGCUGGUUUACUAUUGUACUUUGCAACCCUUUAAUCAAUAAAUCUUACUUUUGGUUUGUGAAGAAACCUACAAAAAUGCAUUAUUAUCAUAAAUCAUCAAUAAACUGAAAAAAAGGUUCUUUGUUUAUUCAAAA